AUGUCAGAAGGCUCAGAAGAACUUCUUCCAGACAGUGCGAUGCUAGAUGACCUUUUGUCAGCUAGAGGACCACCAACACUUAGGAAACCAGAGUUUGAAGAAGUAGGAACAGGAAGCAAGAUUCCAAAGCUUGAGUCACCGACCAAAAGGUACCCACCUUUCUCAAUAGGAAUGGUGUACGAGCACAACGAUGAGGAGCUGCCGGAACCGGAUCUGGAACCUGAUGAACUGUGGCCAGAGUCAGACUAUGGAUCUGAUCAGGAAGAUGAUAUUUUUGGCAACGAGGACUCGGGACCUCCCAGUCUCUCUGACCAGGAACUUCGAGAUCUGGAUCGCAAAGCCAUGGUGACAGAGAUCGAUCGCCUCAUUGCCAUGCAGGACAAAGAGAUGCAGCUUUACUGUGGAGCGACCACUUUGCAAACACCCUUCAGGAGCAGCAUUUUGGUAGUUCAUGUUGAUGACAUCCAAGCAGCAGGAAAGAGUAGUCAUCUGGAACCAGUCUUGAACAAGGAACGCAUGGUAGGAAGAGUUGAAGCUCAAGUCGAAAGCCUCAAAGCCAACUCCGUGUACCCAGGACCUACACAUCAAGCCUGGAAACAGCUUAUUCACCUAGUGCAGUACAUGUCUAGGACCCUUUUCUUGCAGGAACUUCACAAGCAAGGAUUCCAAGAUGAGAACAAUGACCCUGUAGGACAGGAGGACCGCGUGAGUGCUGACACGAGUGCAGUUGCAUUAGGAACAGUUUGUGAAGCAUGUGUGCAGGAACCGUUUGUACAUCCGCAGAUGUUCUCCUACUUCAAGGAACUAGGCCACGUUGUACAGGAACUCUGUGCGAGCCAUAUCCCGGAAGGGAACGCAGAAGGACCAGAAGAAGAAAGUGGAAAGGAAAUUGAAGAAGAAGGAAGAGAGAUGGCCCAAGCCGUGAAGGAACUCAAGGAGAUCAUGGCGAAGCAGAACGAGAGCAUGCAGGAACUGAAGCAAGACAUAGCAAGCAUGAAGGAACCGGUGCUUCAGCAAAGCCAGCUGACAGCACUGGCGAUAAAGGAACUAACCAAAGAGGUUAGGGAGCUCCAGGCCAACUUCAAGGAACUUCAAGGAAGAUGGGAUGAGUUCAUAGAAGAGGAAGAAAAGGCAAGAGAAGAGUACGCGAAGUACUUUGACGAGCAGGAAAAGCUAAAGGAAGAACUCAGGCAGGACCGUGACCGUCUUCUUGAAAAGGAACUGAGGAUGGAAGGCCACCGUGGACCAAGGACUUCUACGUCACCUACAAGGAAAGAAGAAGGAGAAGAGGACAUCAGCAAGUACAACGACCGCGGCUACUUCGACAAGCUCCAGGAAGAAGAGGAAGCCCAGGAAGCAAUGGAGGAGAACGAGAACGAGUACUACACACAGUCCUACGAGAUCUCAGAGGAAGAAGCAGGAGAAGCGUGGACAAAGGAACCAGAGGAAGGAGAAGCAACAGGACCAGAGGAGCCAAAGGAGGAAGAAGAAGAAGGAAAGCCAAGGAGGAAAGAGACACAGGAAGAGUACGACGAGGAAAGGAAAAGACUCUUGGCAAAGGCAAGGGCAGACAUUGCCCAGAAGGAAGCAAAGAGAAAGGAACAGGAAAAAGGUUUCAAGCCACCUGUGGAUAAGAGCCAGGAAUACAAGUACUACAGCGAAGGAGGCCACAUCUACAGGCAAAGCCACAAAACAGGAGAGAAGAUUUGGUGGAACUACGACUACACGUACAAGCACCAGAAAGGAAAAGGCAAGGAAGCCUACGAGAAGGCAGGAAAAGGAAGCCGACCACACCAGCCCUUCCAGCCACGAGACGAAGAGGACAAAGCGUACUGGGCAAACAUGGACGAGGAAGUGAAGAGGAAGAAGAAG